CUGCACUGCGGUGUUUCCCGCGCGGGCUAUCCCAGUUCGCGGGCGUACGGCGCGGCCUUUCUAACAGGCGCCGGGGCCGCCACGGUCAUGGGUUUCCUGAAGCUGAUUGAGAUCGAGAACUUUAAGUCGUACAAGGGUCGGCAGAUUAUCGGACCAUUUCAGAGGUUCACCGCCAUCAUUGGACCCAAUGGCUCUGGUAAGUCAAAUCUCAUGGAUGCCAUCAGCUUUGUGUUGGGUGAGAAAACCAGCAACCUGCGGGUAAAGACCCUGAGGGACCUGAUCCAUGGAGCUCCUGUGGGCAAGCCAGCUGCCAACCGGGCCUUUGUCAGCAUGGUCUACUCUGAGGAGGGUGCUGAGGACCGCACCUUUGCCCGUGUCAUUGUUGGGGGCUCCUCUGAGUACAAGAUCAACAACAAAGUGGUCCAGCUACAUGAGUACAGUGAGGAAUUAGAGAAGUUGGGCAUUCUUAUCAAAGCUCGUAACUUCCUCGUCUUCCAGGGUGCUGUGGAAUCUAUUGCCAUGAAGAACCCCAAAGAGAGGACAGCUCUUUUUGAAGAGAUCAGUCGCUCUGGGGAGCUGGCCCAGGAAUAUGACAAGCGAAAAAAGGAAAUGGUGAAAGCUGAAGAGGACACGCAGUUUAAUUACCAUCGCAAAAAAAACAUCGCAGCUGAACGCAAGGAGGCCAAACAAGAAAAAGAAGAGGCUGACCGCUACCAGCGCCUGAAGGAUGAGGUGGUGCGAGCUCAGGUACAGUUGCAACUUUUCAAACUUUAUCAUAAUGAAGUGGAAAUUGAGAAGCUCAACAAAGAACUGGCCUCUAAGAACAAGGAGAUCGAGAAGGACAAGAAGCGCAUGGACAAGGUAGAGGAUGAGCUGAAGGAGAAGAAGAAGGAGCUGGGCAAAAUGAUGCGGGAACAGCAGCAGAUUGAGAAGGAGAUCAAGGAGAAGGACUCAGAGCUGAACCAGAAGCGGCCUCAGUACAUCAAAGCCAAGGAGAAUACCUCCCACAAAAUCAAGAAGCUGGAAGCAGCCAAGAAGUCCCUACAGAAUGCUCAGAAGCAUUACAAGAAGCGUAAAGGUGACAUGGAUGAGCUAGAAAAGGAGAUGCUGUCAGUGGAGAAAGCCCGGCAGGAGUUUGAGGAACGGAUGGAAGAGGAGAGUCAGAGUCAGGGCAGAGAUUUGACCCUGGAGGAGAAUCAGGUGAAGAAAUAUCACCGGUUGAAAGAAGAAGCCAGCAAGAGAGCAGCUACCCUGGCGCAGGAGCUUGAGAAGUUCAAUCGAGACCAGAAGGCCGACCAGGACCGGCUGGAUCUGGAAGAGCGGAAGAAAGUAGAGACAGAGGCCAAGAUCAAGCAAAAGCUGAGGGAGAUUGAAGAGAAUCAGAAGCGGAUUGAGAAACUGGAGGAAUACAUCACAACUAGCAAGCAGUCCCUCGAGGAGCAGAAGAAGCUAGAGGGGGAGCUGACAGAGGAGGUGGAGAUGGCCAAGCGGCGAAUUGAUGAGAUCAAUAAGGAGCUGAACCAGGUGAUGGAGCAGCUGGGGGAUGCACGCAUUGACCGCCAGGAGAGCAGCCGCCAACAGCGAAAGGCAGAAAUUAUGGAAAGCAUCAAGCGCCUGUACCCUGGCUCUGUGUACGGCCGCCUCAUUGACCUCUGCCAGCCCACACAAAAGAAGUAUCAGAUUGCAGUAACCAAGGUUUUGGGUAAGAACAUGGAUGCCAUUAUCGUGGACUCGGAGAAGACAGGCCGGGACUGUAUUCAGUAUAUCAAGGAGCAGCGUGGGGAGCCUGAGACCUUCUUGCCUCUUGAUUACCUGGAGGUGAAACCUACAGAUGAGAAACUCCGGGAGCUGAAGGGGGCCAAGCUGGUGAUUGACGUUAUUCGCUAUGAGCCACCUCACAUCAAAAAGGCCCUGCAGUACGCUUGUGGCAAUGCCCUUGUCUGUGACAAUGUGGAGGAUGCCCGCCGCAUUGCCUUUGGAGGCCACCAGCGCCACAAGACAGUGGCACUGGAUGGUACCCUGUUCCAGAAGUCAGGGGUGAUCUCUGGCGGGGCUAGUGAUCUGAAGGCCAAGGCCCGGCGCUGGGAUGAGAAAGCAGUAGACAAGUUGAAAGAGAAGAAAGAGCGGUUGACAGAAGAGCUGAAGGAGCAGAUGAAGGCAAAGCGGAAAGAGGCAGAACUACGUCAGGUGCAGUCUCAGGCCCAUGGACUGCAGAUGCGGCUCAAGUACUCACAGAGUGACCUAGAACAGACCAAGACACGACAUCUGGCCCUGAAUCUGCAGGAAAAGUCCAAGCUGGAGAGUGAGCUAGCGAACUUUGGGCCUCGAAUCAAUGAUAUCAAGAGGAUCAUCCAGAGUCGAGAGAGGGAAAUGAAAGACUUGAAGGAGAAGAUGAACCAGGUAGAGGAUGAGGUAUUUGAAGAGUUUUGUCGGGAGAUUGGUGUGCGCAACAUCCGGGAGUUUGAGGAAGAGAAGGUGAAGCGGCAGAAUGAAAUCGCCAAGAAGCGUUUGGAGUUCGAGAAUCAGAAGACUCGCUUGGGCAUCCAAUUGGAUUUUGAAAAGAACCAACUGAAGGAGGACCAGGAUAAAGUACACAUGUGGGAGCAGACAGUGAAAAAAGAUGAAAAUGAGAUAGAAAAGCUCAAGAAGGAGGAACAAAGACACAUGAAGAUCAUAGAUGAGACCAUGGCCCAGCUACAAGACCUGAAGAAUCAACACCUGGCCAAGAAGUCAGAGGUGAAUGACAAGAACCAUGAGAUGGAGGAGAUUCGUAAGAAACUGGGGGGCGCCAACAAGGAAAUGACCCAUUUACAGAAGGAGGUAACAGCCAUUGAGACCAAGCUUGAACAGAAACGCAGUGACCGCCACAACCUGCUACAGGCCUGCAAGAUGCAGGACAUCAAGUUGCCACUGUCUAAGGGCACCAUGGACGAUAUUAGUCAGGAAGAGGGUAGCUCCCAGGGGGAGGAUUCAGUGAGUGGCUCCCAACGAACUUCCAAUAUCUAUGCACGAGAGGCCCUCAUCGAGAUUGACUACGGCGACCUGUGUGAGGAUCUGAAGGAUGCCCAGGCCGAGGAGGAGAUCAAGCAGGAGAUGAACACACUGCAGCAGAAGCUGAAUGAGCAGCAGAGUGUGCUCCAGCGUAUUGCUGCCCCCAACAUGAAGGCCAUGGAAAAGCUGGAAAGUGUCCGAGACAAGUUCCAGGAAACCUCAGACGAAUUUGAGGCAGCCCGAAAGCGAGCCAAGAAGGCCAAGCAGGCAUUUGAACAGAUCAAGAAGGAGCGCUUUGACCGCUUCAAUGCCUGUUUUGAAUCAGUGGCCACCAACAUUGAUGAGAUCUACAAGGCCCUGUCCCGUAACAGCAGUGCCCAGGCAUUCCUGGGCCCUGAGAACCCCGAGGAGCCCUACUUGGAUGGCAUCAACUACAACUGUGUGGCUCCUGGCAAACGCUUCCGGCCCAUGGACAACUUGUCAGGGGGGGAAAAAACAGUGGCAGCUCUGGCCCUCCUCUUUGCUAUCCACAGCUACAAGCCAGCCCCCUUCUUCGUCCUGGAUGAGAUCGAUGCUGCCCUGGAUAACACCAACAUUGGCAAGGUAGCAAAUUACAUCAAGGAGCAGUCGACUUGCAACUUCCAGGCCAUCGUCAUUUCUCUCAAGGAGGAGUUCUACACCAAGGCUGAGAGCCUCAUUGGAGUCUACCCCGAGCAAGGGGACUGUGUGAUCAGCAAAGUCCUGACCUUCGACCUCACCAAGUACCCAGAUGCCAACCCCAACCCCAAUGAGCAGUAGCAGUAGUUCUGCCCUCCUGCCCUGUCUGGAUCCCUAAGUUACGCCUCUCCCAGUCUCUGGAUAUUUGGCUCCCAACCUUCCCCUACCUCCUGUCCCUGUUUGGUAAGUCAUGGGGUCUAGGCACUGCUAUCAAGCAUGAAGAGGAACAGAGGUGAUGUUAGUUCUGGAGCAAAAAUUCCUGAGCUUCAGGGAGCAUCCUGGCCUCUGGAACGAGGUGCUGAGCUGAACUGAGCUGAACAGGGCCAUCUGUCCAUCCCCCCCUUCCGCCACCCUGGACCUUACCCCCUCACCCAUAAUCAUGGAUUCCUUGGGCCCCCUGCAUUUUGCUUGUGUGUGGGUAUGUACGUGUGUGUAUAUGUGUCCACAUGUGCGCAUGUGGGUGUGUUUGCAAAAUAAUAAAGAUAUUGGAGACCCAUUUUAGAA